AUGUCUCUCCAUACCUCCUACCACGCCGAUUCAGAUGCGGACGAUGAAUAUGAGCGCAGUGUGAUAACUUCGCCGCACCUUCACAUCGACUCGGAAUCUUCUCCUACGGACUCCGAUAUUCAUUCAUCAGAACACACCCCGACCAAAUUCGGACAUCCGAUCGAUGGUCCUCGCUCACCGCGAACACUCAUCACGGACUGGGGAGUCGAUGAAUGCAAGGAAUUUUUGACAUCGCUUGGAUUGCUUCAAUAUCACGGUACAUUCCGAGAAAAUGCAAUUGUCGGUGAAGCUUUGAUUGCCCUGAAGCAUGAGGAGUUGAAGGAGAUGGGCAUCAACAGUGUGGGGCAUCGACUGACGAUUUUGAAAAGCGUGUAUGAAAUCAAAGUCAAGCAAGAUGUUCCCCUCGAUGCAGACCAUUAUAUUCCACUUUCGGCGGACCAGAGUAUGAAUGAAACUGCGACACAAGAAGAUCUCGCACGUUUAAUCAAAUCGAUCCAAGUUCGAGACGAAAAGCUCAUGUUGGUUGAAACGGAGCUGCGCCGAAUCACAGACGAUUACCGGCGAUUGCGCGAAGAAAUUCUACCAGUGAUCAAAAUAGUAAAAGAUCGGUCACACCCAUUGCCUCCGCCCUCUUCUGGUGGGCAAUCUUCAGAAAACUGGCACGACAGCACGGCUACUCUCACAUCAACUCCUCAACCCACAGUCGAACUUUCUUCUGGGUCGAAAAUUGCGCGGGCUUUCUCCAAGCGCAUUCAUCCUAAUGGUAACACACCCAAAAACAAUUCGCCAACCCACCCUCCACCUACGAGCUAUGAUGCACGCUCUCAUCACGACAACCUUAAUCCGUCAGCCGCUGCCUUGGCUGCCUCAUCCCAUUUGACGGCCUCAAUGAAUGGAGGAUCACAACUAUCACCUGGAAUUCCUUCGCCGACAUCCCCUCACCACCACCACGGUCAUCCCCAGACCCUCAAUCCACGAUCAUAUACCCAACCACUCUCUAGCGCGAACCGCAACACAGCCUAUGACUAUUCCGAACAGACCCCGACAAUACAUUCUAGAGGAGACCGACUCACCCCGAGUCAGCUUCCAUCGUCCCGCGCCGAGACACCAUCCACUGCGUCACGUCUUGACCCACGACUCGAUAGGUCUGACUCACGGGGCGGUGGAGGCGGAGGCGGCGGCGAGAAUCCAAAUAGCGUGGAGAUCUUCAAGUCAUUCCGAGUCUCUUGGGAAGACCCCUGCUACAAGGUCCUACCAGCUGCUCUUAAGAAAUACAACAUCAAUUCUGACUGGAAGAACUACGCGCUUUAUAUCGUUUAUGGAGAUCAAGAGCGUUGCCUGGAAUUACAGGAGAAGCCCCUUCUCUUGUUCAAGCAGCUAGAAAAGGAAGGACGAAAGCCAAUGUUCAUGUUGCGGAAGAUCCACAUGGACAACCCUUCAGGUACUCCGGGGCCUGGUGCAUCAGCACCUAACAGUGCUGGCUUCGAUGGCGGCCGACAAGGACAAAUCAAUCUUCCAGGUGGUGUGCUCUGA